UUAAACAAGUAUUUGAAAAAUUCAAAUUCAAUGAAAUAAUACGAAAACAUUUUAAAAUAUAAAUAUGAAUUUUCGAAUAAAUUCAAGUCGCCGAAAAUCUAAAUCUUAAACUAAUAGAAGGGAAACGUUCACCCAUAUUUUAUAAUCGCAUUUCUUGUGUGCUAAACGGUACAUAAUACAUAAUAUAAACCGUAGAAAUAAUAAUAUCAUUCUUACAAUUAUGUUCGAUGUGGUAUGCACUACUGUGAACGGUGGAAUUCCCGUAUUUUACCGAAAAAUUAGUAAAAUGGAUUCAGUACCAUUUACUACAUUUGCAACAUUGAAUGCUGUUAUAACAUUUGCAGAUGUACAAAAUGUCCAAUUUAAAACUAUUCAUACAGAUAAACAUUCUUUUAUUUGGCAUGCCAUUGGAGAUAGUCUAAUUAUGGCAGGAAUUGGUGAUUUGAACGAUUCUACAAUAAAAACUGGAUUAGAACUGAUAUCGACUUUAAUAAAAAUGAUUAUUGGAGAUGAAAACAUAUAUAAUAAAAAUGCAGAUAGAAUAAAACGGGAAAUAAAACCAUGUUUACCUAUUAUUGAUUAUAUAUUGAAGAGCCUAACAUCAGUAACAAUAGAAGCACAUCUAAUAAAUGUGAUUGAAACACAGUCAAUGAAGGAUAAUAAAUCACUAAAUAAUUGUUUAAACAAUUGGUCGGAAACAAUAUGUAGUGAUCUUUGUUGGAUUAUUGUGGAUAAGAAAUUAAGUGCAGCAACAAAGGACUGGUGGGAUUUACAUAUUAACGACAGAAAAUUAUUAAUAACAAUUAUUUUAGCUAAUUGUUAUGACCAAAUUACAUCAGCUGAUAUUCCAAUUUUCUUGCCUCAUUCAAGUACUAAGGUUCUUUUAAGACUAGUAUGUUGCAUGAUUGUACAGGGUGUUUGGACAGCAGCUAUUUGUGGACCUACACCAAAUCUAGAUGAUAUUGAAAUUAGUGCUGCCAAAAGUUUUAGAACAGUUAUCAAUUAUUUUCGACCUAAUUAUGCUAAAUUUGAAUUAACGUCUGGAUAUAUCAUAGUGAACACAAAUUUGUUCAAAUUUAUGCAAAAUUAUUACUCAAAUACUGAUGUGCAAAGUGGACUUGUAAAGUUUUACAAUAAAAUUGCAUCACGUCUUAUGAACGAUGAUGUUAAUGGAAGUGAAGUCUCAUGUAUGGGGAAAAAUCAUAACUAUUAUGCUAUAAAUUCAAAUGGUAUCACAUUAUGUUUAGCAUAUCCAAGUAAACAUAAUAUGGUGACAAUCAGAUACUAUGCGAAGCAGACAUUUCAGCAACUUUUAUCUGAUAUCAACGCUUAAAUAAGUACACGGUACACUCCAGUACCCCAUAUACUUAUUGUUCACUUUUAACAAGUUUAAUUUUUAAGUAUGUUCCGUCCAAAGUGUUACUAUGUGA